CUGUAUUUGCAGCGUUCUGAAAAAUAUUUCUGAGAACGCUACGAAUACGGUUGAAGAUACAAAAAAAGUAUAGGGAACAAAGUUGUAGAAAAUUAAAUUUUCUACAAUAAACUCCGCAAGACCAUUAUCUCUAUCUUUAACCGUUUAGUUUUAAAUUAUUUUUCUGGCUGCCGACCACCGAUAAAAAUGACACAUAUUCGUCACUUGAGUGAGCGUCUUUGAACGUCUUUGGGGCCAAAACCGUUGAAGAUAGAGGUAUCGUCUUGCAGACUGUUUUCUUGGAAAUUUGAUUCUCUACAACUUUCUUUGUUACAUUUUUAUCUUUAACCUUUUUCGCAGCAUUUUGAAAACUAUGAGACGGAGCUCAAAUUGGUAAAUGUUUGAAAAUUUUUUUUAAAUAUAAGAGUUUUUGCAAAUCGUAAAAAAAUUUAACGUAUUACGACAAAUUGCCGUUGCUAAGAAAUCAAAGAAUAAGAUGUUUACAUAAACGUGUUUGAAUUGACGGAUACACCUUUCGCCCUUGAAAGACGUACACACAAUUAAAUGACGUUAUCAUUAAGGUUAACGUUAAACUAAACGAUUUGCAAAAACUCUAAAGUUUUCCAUAAAAUUUUUGCAUUACGUUAUUUCUUAUUAUUGAGAAUUUAAGGCUAUGUCUACGUAUAGUUUUUUGUUUGUGUUCUGCUUACUGUUAUGUAAAUACAACCAUUUUUUUUUAUUUCAUUGCUCUUAAAACUUAGAUGGAAAAGGACAACUGAGCUAAGUAGCCUCACUAACUUAACGGAACGGAACGGAACGAGAAGGGAGACGUUUUGUUUUACAUUGUGUCGUAUUCUAGUCUUUAGAUAUCCGUGGUCUGGACACAUCCCGAUUUUCGAGCUUUGCAGCUUUGUAAUCUGAAAAUGCCUGCAGCCUAUUUUCGGCCAUAAAAUACCAAUUCUUAAAUAAUUCCUGGCAAAAACAUUCAUAAGAGGCUACAUUAACAAUCCUCAACGAUGGACUUCCUAAUUGGCGGUUUAGCUGCAAUGGGAGCUACAUUCUUCAGCAACCCUCUUGACGUUCUUAAAACUAGAAUUCAGCUUCAAGGAGAACUGAAGCCUCGAGGGCAACAUGAAAUUCACUAUAGACAUGCUCUCCACACAGCUUACGUUGUUAUUAGAAAAGAAGGAAUUUUUGCAUUGCAAAAAGGACUCGGGGCUGCACUUUUUAUGCAUGGAGUACGCAAUAGUAUCAAACUUGGCUCUUAUCAAUGGUUUGCCAACCAGGGAUACAUAUAUGACAGUGAGAACAAGACAAUUUUUUAUAAAAGCCUUUUGGCUAGUGCUUUUGGAGGGACAGCUGGUGCUUUUUUUGGCAGUCCUCUCUAUCAAAUUACUACUCAGCUCCAAUCUCAUGCCGCAAAGGGAAUUGCAGUAGGUCACCAACACAAGCACUCUGGUCUUCUGCAAGCCUUCAAAGCAAUAUAUUCAAAACAUGGCGUAAAAGGAUUGUGGAGAGGUUCCAGUGCUAAUAUUUUACGAACAGUAGUUGGUGCUUCAGCCCAAUUAACAACCUUUUCAGAAGCUAAAGAUACACUCAGACAGUACGAGUUCUUUCAAAAAUCCACAACAAUGACUGCUUUGUUUGCAAGCAUUGCAGGGGGGAUUUGCCAGACUGUCUUUCAAACACCUUUGGAUUUAGUAUGCAUUAGAUUAAAUAAUCAGUAUGUUUAUACGAAUGGACAAGGAGCUUUGUAUACAGGAAUGACAAAUUGUUUUACGAAAAUCUUACAAUCUGAAGGUUUAUGUGGAUUGUAUAAAGGUGUUGGAGUUAAUUAUAUGAGGAUAGCUAGACAUACCGGUCUUUGUUUAGUAUUCUGGGAACUUUUAAAAGAUUUACAUGUCACGUAUUUCACCUUAAAUAAUAAUGUAAAGUGUAAUAUAUCUAACGAAAUAAUUAAAUUGUAA